AUGCAGCAGGGCGGCUACGGCAGGCGGGACCAGCGCAUGGGCCCGCGGGGUGACAUUGGAGGGGGAGAGUACGGCAUGGGUGGCCCCAUGGGCGGCGGCGGCGGGGCAGGGCCAAGGAUGGGCGGCAUGGGUGGCCGGGGCGGUGGGAUGUACGAUAUGGUGGAAGACCUGGGGGACGGCAACGUGUACCACGUGCAGUUCAAGCGCUCCGCCCGUAACUUCCUGCUUGCCAAGACCUGCCAAAGAGAUAUUCAGGUUGGGGACUACGUGAAGGUGGAGGCGGACCGCGGAGAGGACCUCGGAAUGGUCGUGACGAUCUUCCCAGUGCCCGAGGCCGGCAGGCCACUCCCUGCCACCGCCGGGCAAAAGCGCGGGUUCGGGCAGUUCGAGAAGGAGCACAUCAUUCGAGCGGCCACCGAGGACGAGGUACAAAUGGUGAAGGACAAGCUGAGGGACGAGGAACGAGUGCUAGAGGUCUGCCGCACCAAGGUGCUGCAGCGCUCGCUGCCGAUGCGUGUCAUGGACGCCGAGUUCCAGUACGACCGACACAAGUUGACUUUCUUCUUCGAAGCCGAGGGGCGCAUCGACUUUCGCGAGCUUGUCCGUGACUUGUUCAGUCUCUACAAGACUCGCAUCUGGAUGCAGCAGCUCGAGCCUGAGACCACUCCAUCUGGCGGCCCGAUGCAGCCCCCGUACUCCCCCCAGCAGCAACAGAUGCAUGGCAUGCCCGACGUGAAGGACGGGUCGAUGGACAUGGGGAUGAACAUGGGCGGGCCAAUGGGGGGACGCAUGCUGUGACCGACUUGUGUGUCCAAGCUCGCCUUUGUCUCGUGGUACUGGCCUUGGUUGUGGUCCUGGCGUGCAGAAGCUGUACGGCGGUAACAUGAGCUCGUGUGAGGAGUACGCUGUUGAUUGAGUUUUGGCUGUGGAUAUGGUUCCGUUUGGAUGGUGAUGAGAUGUAGAGGUGUCUGUAGCUGCUCUAUUAAUUGACGCUUCUGUGCCCGCUAUCGCAAUAUCCAGCAAGUGGAAUAUGGGGUUGGCUGUGGGGUAAAUGGCCUACGCUACACGUUACGACGGACACAGGUUGCUCAUGGAGGAACCAAGGAACAAGAUUGUGAUUUGUCAUUUUGCGUUCGGUGCCUAUCCUCGGAAACGAAGCUAAGGACCGAGCCGCGCCAAUAAUGUUUUGACAAAACGUUCUCCAAGCGCUACUGGCUUGCUAGGUCGUAGAUGAUGUUAAUAUGCCUCCUUGUUUCCUUGCCGAGCCAGUCAAGGGUCUGGGAUGCGCCUCGGUCCUUCUGCUACAAUACAGCAGGUGAAAAGGGAGGAGGAGCGACUCAUGCAUGAAAAUACCUUGGUUUGUAGAGACGAAAAAGUGCGUCACUAUUGAUAAGACAGUCGUUCGUUUGGAACAGGAAUUCAUGACGUCAUCCUUCCCCUUGAUGUUGGUUGGCGAGGAUGGACAGAACAUUCUCCCUUGCUCUCCUCGGGGGUAGUGAAAGAGUUUGAGUUUGACUAUAAUAGCCAUGACUGGACUGGACUGGACUAGACUUUCAUCCUCACAUGAUAGACCUUGCGACGAACACGUGCACGCUUCAUAUGAGGGCAGACAAGAGUGUUUGAGGGUUGGGAAGGCCUGCGACGGCGUUCUGGUUCUCCCCCGUUCAUGGGGGAGGUGGUUCGUUUUCAUGUACAAACGGGGGGCUGGGUCGGGAAUGGACUUGGGUAUCUGGGUCGGGUUCGGUUAAGGGUUCCUGUUUAGAAGCCUGGGUAGAACGGGGCCCUAAUGAAACUUACCAAACGGUUGGGACGGGAAUGGGGAUGGGAUGGGAUCGGGACGAGAUAGGAUGGGAUGGGAUUAUUUGGAACCGGACCGAGUGAGAUAUGCGGCGCUGUCUCCAUCUACACUACAUCCUUACGUAGACACCACGGUGCCACACACGUUUUCGGCCCGGCGUCGUCAUACGAACGAAGUAUUUUCGGGUUGCAUGUUUUUUGUGUUCAGUUUUUUGCGUUUUCGAAUGGGUCCGUUUGUGCGACAGUAGAUAGUAGUGCGCAUGCAUGUGUUGCCGAGCAAGCCUGGGGGCUUGACGGGCAUAUCUUCUGGGGCAGGUAGACUAAAGGUAGGUGUGCGAGAGUGCUGCCCUGUGUCGGUAUGGAUCGUGUCGCAGGUUCUAAAUUACGGUAGAGUAGUGAUAUAAAGUCGGACGAUAAAAGAACAGGUGACUGAGGGAUGGAGUAAGGGCGGGUUGGAUGGGCGGGGGAAGCUUCAGGGAUUGGUUCCCGGCUGGAGUCCAUCGUUUUCCCGCGGGGUGUAUGUCUUAGAGCGCGCUGCGAAUCGAUGGGAUGUUGUUUUGUGCCGACCCUCCGCUACUAUCGCUACUAUCGCUACUAUUAGCCCCCGCCGGAGACGAGGAACACUCGGGACGUGGACCACUCCGUCUCGACGAAGUCAAGGGAAAAUUGUCGCGUAUCGUAGAGUGUUGCGGUCGGCCGACUGAGGCAGGUCGCGAGACUGGAGGGAACGAAAAGAGGGGAGGGGAGGGCAGGGGAGAAAACGCGGCCCGAUAUUUUGGUGGUCCGCCAAGCGGUUGCGAUGUUUGUUUCAUGUGUUGCAACGCGGGGCGAUGAAUUGAACAAUCGAACAAUCGCACAAUCGAAUGGGGGUCGGUCCGAUGUAUUGAAAAAUAUGUCGAAAUUAGUGUGGCAGAGCCUGGCGCGAAACGAUACGGUUUUUGUAGAAUACGAUACAACAGUUGCUGGGUGAAGGCACUAUCAUGGUAGAGUACCCACAGGGCCAAACGGCAAGCAGUACAUGCAUGGUGGUUAGCUCCUUUUGUAUGCCACAGAUCCGACACCCUGUUGCGCUGUGCUAUAUUCUUGGGCUGCACGAAGGAAAGAAGGAAGAAGAAAAAGAGCACACCGCGGGCCUGGCCUGGCUUGGGACGAGGUUUCUUUGUGGGCGCUGAGGAUUGUCUUGUCCUCUUUGAAGAGCACUACUUAUGGCAAGCUCGGUCGAUGGUAGAUUCAAGAAGGGGAAGACCAAGGCAGGGGAGAAAGGGAAGAAGGGCGAUAUGCGUACGUACGUACGAGCUUUCACUGUAAUGUCGGUGCUCCAGCAAUGUGAGGUAGGUCUGAAAGGGAGGUUUUGUCCUGGCGGGGAAGUUUUUAUGACCCAGAUGACGCUGCUGCCAUGACAGCACUUGUGUGUGGGUGUUUCGCACCACGACAGCAACGAGGGCUUCGGAAGCGCAUGAAGCAGGGUGUGACGCCACAUUUCACUGUGGUGACGGAUAUGAUGCGUGACGUACUUGUUCGAUAUCUCAUCUGCAUGAACGGGGGGCAGCAAGGAAGAGAAAGAACAAGGGAUAUACAACAAGGUAGAAUCGCCCGGAAAUGGUGCAAAGCUAAUGCUGCACAUUGGCAAAGGAGUUGGUGCUGAUGACAAGGUAUUCCAUUUUGCAAGUAGCUGGUGGUGUCGCGAGGUCCGUAGCGGGUGCAUAUAUAUUUUACACGAGUUGAUACGCAGACUGUUUGGGGUGUCGUGAGCAUGUACCUUUUAACACCAGUCAUUGUCGAUGGAUUUGGACCAAUAGAUGAUUUGAUGAUUGUUCUUAGGCUAUUUGCACCCGCACACUUUUCUUCACAGUCGUCUUGUCUUGUGCACCCCUUGCUUGUUGAUCCUUGGCGAUGGUAUGCAGGAUAUUUCUUGUUUCCAUCAGAGUUGGGCCAGUGCUGAUGUUAAAAGACGCUGAGCAGAGGAUUGAAACUGUGAUUAUUUUGAAACAACAGACAGUUUUUUCGGUGUACGUGGACUUUCGAAAUGCGGGAGGAUUUGUUUUGGUUCGUGGAAACAAGUGGUCCCAGUGAUGGAAAUUGCCCUUUCAACUUGUUCUUUUGUUCAUUGACCUUGCUACUUCGUUUUGUCCCAACGGCUUUGGGGUGUGUGCCACGUUGAGAGUGGUAGGGAUGAGUUAUUCCCUUUUGCGCAGCGGUGGAGGGUGUCGUUACAGAAGUGUCAGCUGCCACUCUAAGGCACGUUGGGCUACUCUCCACCAUCCAAUGGUUUUCUUGAGACUUCGGGGCGUUCACUCCCUGGGACUGUCAAAACCGUUGCUUCUCUAGAACAGGCAGAAGUUGCCCUCGAUACCAGCACCGGAAGCAGAGGCAGCAAAUUACACCCCUCGC